AGAAACAGAAGGAGUUUGAUUCAGUUUAGAGAAAAGCGCUCACUCACUCUCUCUCUCUCUAAAAAAGUGUCAACCUUUUGAACCAAGUAAUCACGGGACACCCCUGAAAUCUCUGCCUUCGAAUUCAUCUUUCUGCUGCCAAACGACCUAAUCCUUAUUGAUCCUAUUAGAGCGAACCGUGAAAAUCUGCGUCCUCUUUUUUCUUUCACUGCAAAACCUUCAAUUUUUUCAUGAAAACAUGAGACCCCACUAUCUUUCUCUCUUUGUUUUUUGUUCCCAUAUAGAUUUUCAUGAAUUUUUCAUUGAUUUAUCACUGCUUUAGUAUAGAAAUGUACAAAUGUUUGCCAUCAAAGACUGUCAGUUGGUCUUAGUGCUAUGGUCUAUCUCUGAAAAACUUGAUGGGUAGUCUUUAAUUUCAUAGUUCUAUUUUAUUUUGGAUAAUUCAUGAAAACCCAAAUUUCUUUUUCAUUUCUCUUUGGAACCCAUGUAUCUCAAUCAGUUCAUGCACUUCCUCAAAUCAAUUCACACUUUCAGAAGGAAAAUUCUUAUUCCUUUUGACUGUUUGCUUUGAUACUAUAGUAAUUAUUCUCUAUAAUUUUCACAUAGACAUUUCAUAUUAUUGAGGCUUUUGAGAAGCUUACUAUAAGAGAUUCUUCAAUGGCAAUCUCUUGUUUCCACAUGCCUAGCCUUCGAAAGGCGAAGAGCAAAGCUAUGUCAACCCCUUCCUCGUCCAAGACCAUGUUAAAUUCUGAGAUGGAAAGCAUGGAAAGGAAGAGAUUUGAUAGCUUGGAUUCAUGGUCUAUGAUAUUGGACUCUGAGAAUGUGGAGACUUGGGAGGUAGCAAAGGAGGAUCAGGAGGAAUGGACCGCAGAUCUUUCACAGUUGUUUAUUGGUAACAAGUUUGCAUCAGGAGCUCAUAGUAGGAUUUACCGUGGAAUUUACAAGCAGAGAGCUGUGGCUGUUAAAAUGGUUAGAAUCCCAAACCAGGCGGACACUAGAGCCUUUUUGGAGCAGCAGUUUAAGUCUGAAGUUGCCUUGCUUUCACGUCUCUUUCAUCCAAAUAUAGUGCAGUUUAUUGCAGCUUGCCAAAAGCCUCCUGUUUACUGUAUCAUCACUGAAUACAUGUCACAAGGAACUUUGAGGAUGUACCUUAACAAGAAAGAGCCAUACUCUCUUUCAACAGAAACAAUACUGAGGUUAGCUCUUGACAUAUCCCGAGGAAUGGAAUAUCUUCAUUCACAAGGGGUGAUUCAUAGAGAUCUCAAAUCAAAUAACUUGCUUCUUAAUGAUGAAAUGAGGGUUAAGGUGGCAGAUUUUGGUACAUCAUGUCUUGAAACACAGAGCCAGGAAACUAAGGGAAACAAGGGGACUUACCGUUGGAUGGCACCUGAGAUGAUCAAGGAGAAACCUUAUACUCGAAAAGUUGAUGUCUAUAGUUUUGGGAUUGUGCUAUGGGAGCUAACAACAGCUUUGCUUCCCUUUCAAGGAAUGACGCCGGUGCAGGCUGCCUUUGCUGUGGCUGAUAAGAAUGAACGUCCUCCGCUCCCAGCUAGUUGUCCGCCUGCACUCGCACACCUCAUAAAGCGCUGCUGGGCAGCAAACCCCUCAAAGCGGCCAGAUUUCAGUGAUAUUGUCUCUACUUUGGAGAAGUAUGAUGAAUGUGUCAAGGAAGGCCUUCCACUUCCUCACCACUCAGGGCUGGUCAGCCGAAAUGCCAUUCUUGAAUGCUUGAAAGGCUGUGUAUCAAUGAGCAGCUCUUCCAUACCUGUACAUGCCUAACUCCAUUAGAAGGUAUUGUUGUUAUCUGUAUUAAUUUAGGUCAUCAUAUUAGCAGAUUAAAUUGUCCAUUAUAAUUUGCACAUAUUUAAUGUUCUUUUCAACCAGUUGUUGUUCCUGUAAUUGAUGAUUACAAGGUUGGUGUUUCACAGUAGGCAUAUCAAUCUACUCCACAAGAAGUGAUUUGGAUUUUCGACUGACAACUUGGUAGCUCAAUAAUUUG